CAUUGCCACCAUGGGAAAGGUUACGCUUUGCUGUGCCUUAAUGGCCAUCUGUUUGACUGUUGUGUCAGCUGACUUUCCCUGGAACGGUGGCUGGAACGAUGACGGCUGGGGAUAUGGCAACGGUUACUUCCCGGGUCGAUUCAAUGGCGUGAUGAGUGGCCUGCAUUCACACGGGAUGCCAGGCAUGGGCGGAUGGUAUGGAAAUGGUGGCAUGUCGGGAUGGGGCAGUUCCGGAGGUUACAACAGCUGGGGGAACAAUUACCCAAUGUCGUACGGAGGCUGGGCACCUUGGGGACCAUGGGGAUGUGGAGGAUGGGGAGGAGACGACAACUGUGGAUUCGACGGCUAAGCCAAUCAUCGCAACAAUUCAAUAAAAAG